AUGGCUUCAUCCUCUUCCUCUGGACUGUUUCCUCCUGAGCCACCGCUUUUUACCGGAGAGUGUAGAAGCUGGGCUGAGCUUCCGUCUGAAUUGACGUCAUUGAUCCUACGCAGGCUUGGCUCGAUUGAUAUAUUGGAAAACGCUCAGAAAGUUUGUACGUCAUGGCGUCGUGUCUGUAAAGACACUGCCAUGUGGCGGAAGAUUGACAUGCGUAACUCUGGAGACUUGGUGUUGAACCUCGAGAUGAUGUGCCGUCACGCAGUUGAUCGUAGCCAGGGAGGAUUGGUUGAGAUUGACAUUUGGCAUUUCGGUACUGAUUCUCUCCUCAACUACAUCGCCGACAGGUAA